CUCUUUCUUAAAGGUAGCGACUGUAGAAGAGCUCAGGGUUUUAGAUACAUCACUAAAGUGAAUUGCUUUGUGGGUUCAAAAUUGCGACAAUGUGCAAGAAUCUAGGAUCACCUACCGGUACGUCCUUGUUGUAAGGUUCACGCUCCCUGUUCGCUGGUUUUGAAGUACCGGCUGGGCCGACCCCACCUAGCCGCCACCUCAAAGCUCUUCAUGCGGUCAAGGUCCCGCAAAAAAAGUGGUCAUCAAUCUGCUUUGACAAGAAGACACAUUCCACAAUAACUCUCUAGCCAUCAAAGGGAACAUUCUUUUGAGGCGGCUGCUGCACGUUUUGGUUUAACCACUGAUACUCCUUUUGCUCCUUGAACCUGGUCCUCAGUUGAUUAGGCCUCGAUUUUCCCAUCGCAAUGGAGGCUGAAAUUCAGGCACAGAUUCCUGGCAUCGACCAUGUUAUAUCCGAAUAUUCUGUGGGCUACUUAACUCAUGCAUCCAAAGCCUAUGUUGAAGAUGCAAGUGCUCCGUCCCCGUUGGCUGAAGCAGCCGACAUGGUCACAGAGCUUUUGAUGUCUGCCUCAGGAAACUUCUCUCCUGAGAAUGAGAAGGCCAUUCGGAAUCUCGUUGGAAAGUUCAUCUCUUCUCUCAGCGCGUCUGAUGGCGUAAAUGCAGAGCGCAGACAGAUGCCUUUCGCUGCAAAAAAGCUCGACCAGGCGAUCAAUGUCGGUUCUCAAAAGAACAUCUCUUCGACAUUGGGCCUUGCCGGAGGCAAUGUUGAUCUAGAGUCUGCCAACGCCAGAAAAGUGGAGUCUCGCGUUGACCGCAAGAAACUAGAGAAGGCAGAACGAAAGAUUCGUGCCAAGCAGGAAAAGAAGCAGAUGAAGACGGUGCAGUAUGAAUCAUCCCGCCUACUGACUCAACCUGAUAGCACUAUGUCGUACGAGGAAUUUUUCAUGGCUGUUAAUCCUCUUCAAUUGGGUUCUGACUCCCAGUCAAAGAGCAAGGAUAUCAAGGUUGAUAGCAUUGAUAUCUCUGUUGGUGGCCACCGUAUCUUGACCGAUGCCUCAUUGACAUUGGCUUAUGGUCGACGAUAUGGUCUCGUGGGCCAAAACGGUAUCGGAAAAAGUACUCUACUUCGAGCCCUAAGUCGCCGUGAAGUGGCGAUUCCCAGUCACAUUUCCAUUCUUCAUGUUGAACAGGAAAUCACGGGUGAUGAUACUCCUGCUCUUCAAGCAGUUUUGGAUGCUGACGUCUGGCGCAAGCGUCUCUUGGCUGACCUCGAGAAAAUCUCCAGGCAGCUUACUGAGAUUGAGGCGGAGAGAUCUUCAAUGGCAGACACUUCAAAGGACGCUGCUAGACUUGACCACGAAAGGGAAGGCUUGGACAUCACAUUGAAUGAUAUCCAUGCAAAACUUGCAGAAAUGGAGUCGGACAAGGCCGAGUCUCGUGCAGCCAGUAUCCUUGCUGGUCUUGGUUUCUCACCUGAAAGGCAGCAGUUCGCGACGAAAACCUUUUCAGGUGGUUGGCGAAUGAGAUUGGCUUUGGCCCGGGCACUUUUUUGCGAGCCGGAUUUACUUCUGUUGGACGAACCGUCCAACAUGCUGGAUGUGCCUUCUAUCACCUUCCUAUCCAACUAUCUGCAAACUUACCCAAGCACCAUCCUUGUGGUCUCCCAUGAUCGUGCCUUCUUAAAUGAGGUCGCCACGGACAUCAUGCAUCAACAUUCCGAGAGACUCGACUACUACAAGGGUGCCAAUUUCGAUUCUUUCUAUGCGACCAAAGAAGAGCGGAAAAAGAACGCGAAGCGUGAAUAUGAGAAACAAAUGGCCGAGCGCGCACAUUUACAGGCAUUCAUCGACAAAUUCCGCUACAAUGCCGCCAAGUCCUCUGAGGCGCAGUCCAGGAUCAAGAAGCUGGAAAGAAUGCCCAUUUUGGAAGCCCCGGAAAGUGAUUAUGUCGUUCACUUCAAAUUUCCAGAUGUUGAGAAGCUUUCUCCCCCUAUUGUACAGAUGACGGACGUCUCCUUCGGAUAUUCGAAUGACAGACCACUUCUCAAGAAUAUUGACCUCGAUGUACAGCUUGACUCACGUAUUGGAAUUGUUGGACCUAACGGUGCGGGUAAAACCACUGUGCUCAAGCUACUGACGGCUCAACUCCAGCCAACAUCUGGUUUCAUUUCUCAGCAUGCCAGGUUGCGCAUCGGUUAUUUCGCACAGCACCACGUGGAUGCCUUGGAUUUGACGACUAGCGCAGUGAGCUUCAUGGCAAAAACAUAUCCAGGAAAGACAGACGAGGAAUAUCGGCGACACCUUGGAGCUUUUGGUAUCACCGGAAUGACUGGCCUUCAACGCAUGGAGCUUUUGUCAGGAGGCCAAAAGUCCCGCGUCGCGUUUGCCUGCCUGUCUUUGACCAACCCACACAUUUUAGUUUUGGACGAACCUUCUAAUCAUCUGGAUAUUGAAGGUAUGGAUGCGCUGUCCGAGGCUCUGCAAAACUUUGAGGGUGGUGUAGUGAUGGUCUCCCAUGAUGUGACAAUGCUUCAAAAUGUCUGCACCAGUUUGUGGGUCUGCGACAAGGGCACAGUACAUAAGUUCGAUGGCACGGUGAAUGCUUACAAGAAGUUGAUUACUGCUCAAGCCAAUGAGGCAGGAGUGGCCGCUCCCCACUAAUAUAGACACCGAAUGUGCUAAAAGAAUCAAAUACCAAUACUGAUGCAAUUGACACU